AUGCCCAACACUACAUUCGUCGAGGCUCUUCAUGCUCUCCACGACGACGAUUUCCAAGAAGUGAGAUUCUUGAAGGGAGCCAAGCUCCUCGGCAAAAGGCUCCUGUGCUUGGUGUCGCGCAUGUGUGCUGCCAAUCGAGGCUUUGCUGUUCCUGAUGUCGGUACACCGCGGGGACGGAUGGACGAUGAUCUUGAAAGCACAACUACAGAGUUCUCGCAGGUGAGUUCUGACAACGCUCGUGGAGCUGUGAAAAAGAGAGUCAAGUUUUUGGAGCAGCCUGACAUCACGUACGUGGCAGUGGAAUGCGCGACGGACCUGACACUGUUGCCACAAAAGUGUGGACGACGUGCAAGGUCGCAAGAAGAUCUUUCCCGCAGACACUUGAAGAACAUGCAGCAGAAUCAUGAACACAUCGUGGCAAAUGUCAUGGAGGCCUCUCAGCAGCUAAAGGAUUGCUUCCGAGGCCUUAACAAACUGAUGCAGAAGCAUACAUAG